AUGAACGAAUCUUCCAGGCGGCGUCUUAUGAUGGGCCUCGAGAAGAAGAAGAAGAAACAAACCGAGGCCCCUGCCGUUCGGCCAGAGAAGGAUCCCGAGGACGUUGUCCUGUCGGAGCGCCUGCGGCAGUUGGGUUCUGAGCCCGUUGCCAGGCCUACUGCCGAGGUGGAGGCGCCGAGGCAGCCGGAUGCCGAUGCCGCCGCCUCAAGAGCGGCAGGUAAGCGGCCGGUGAUGGUCGAUUUGGAGGCUUCGCCAGUUUCUAAACGGAGCCGUCUGUCGGAGGGUCCGAGGGCUGUCUUUGCGGCGGAGGACGAGGAUGGGCCUACCGAGGCCGUCACCAUCGCCUGCCCCUCGAAGACCGUGCAAUUUGUCAACCAUAUGAUCCUCGGAUCUCAAAUGGAUCUGCCGGAAGUUGACGAGUUGCCGAAGAAACUUCUUCGGGAGCAGGCUGGGCGUGCCUUCCGACUGCAGGCAGCGGCCUCCAUGGAGAUGUGGCUCUGCGUCAAGCGAGCCGUCUCCGCGGCCGAACGGGCGAAGAAGGCCUAUGACGACGGCAGGGCUAAAGUCGCCGAAGCGGGUAAAGCCAUCCAGGACCACGCCCAUUUGCUCAAGGAGAAAGAGGCCGCCGAACGGCAAGCCUUUGCUUCGGAGGCGAAGGCGGAGCAGUUGCGGGUGGCCUUGGAGGCAGCGCGGGCGGAUCUGGAGUUAGCUCGGUCGGCAGCGCGUGAUGCCGAGGCCGUCUUAGAGGCGAUCCAGGAUGCCAUGCAGGAGUCUGAGCGGAAUAAAGCUGCGGAGGUGGAGGCUGCAGUACAAACGGCAAUCCGGGGAUACCGUUCCUCCGAGGAGUUUGCUGCCCUGCUGGACGGGGAAGUUGGCUCCGAGAUGGUGGGUAUGUUGUACCGAUUCAAACGGUACAACCCUGGACAGAAGCUAAACCUCAAUUUUGCCGCCGAUCCCCCUCCCCUUCCCGAAGGAAUUACCGAAGAGAUGAUCGAAGAAUACGAAGGGGAGGACGCCGCCGAGGGCCCUGGGACUGCCGAUGCCGCCGCCGGUGACGAGGCCGCUGCCUGA